GCCCACUGAUAGCCAACUUUUGUGAGAUGCAAUAGUCGAAUGUUGCAUCCAUCCUUCAGACCCUAAAUUUAGUUGAAGCAUUUCUAGUGAAUGGGCAGUCACGGGCAAACGACAAACAAGCCUUUGCCCAUAACAAUCCUUCUGCAGUUCGAACCCCCUUUUUCCUUCCCACUCCUCCAACCUCUACCCUUCUGGCCUCUCUUACCGUUCGUAUGUAUUACUCCACUCUACUCCGGCUGGAUGGGGUUUCUGAAAACCGCAUGGAAAGUGCUCCGUAAUAAUGGAUCCUCCGUAACGGCAACGCAUCCGCAGGUUACAACAUACUUACCUUAUUACUUGGGCAGUAUUUUCCAUAGCUCCAGCCACCCCAUGCCAUUGGCCAAUUCCUCAGCGGUCUCGUCAGGGUUGACGCCGGAAUACCGCGUGGUUUCUAUUCCGGGGGAAAUGCAGGUCGGGGUCUUGCCGCUUUUUCUCCUCUUUCUAAAGUUCUAACGGCCGGCUUUGGAUCCUAACAGGGAAGAGCUCCUUCCG